CAGGUUGCCGUCAUGUCCCGAUACCUGCGCCCCCCGAACACGUCUCUGUUCGUAAGGAACGUGGCGGACGACACCAGGUCCGAAGAUUUACGAAGAGAAUUUGGUCGUUAUGGUCCCAUAGUUGAUGUGUAUGUUCCACUUGAUUUCUACACGCGCCGUCCAAGAGGAUUUGCUUAUGUUCAAUUUGAGGAUGUCCAUGAUGCCGAAGACGCUUUACAUAAUUUGGACAGAAAGUGGAUUUGUGGACGCCAAAUUGAAAUACAGUUUGCACAGGGGGAUCGAAAGACUCCAAAUCAAAUGAAAGCCAAGGAAGGGAGGAAUGUAUACAGCUCUUCACGCUAUGAUGAUUAUGACAGAUACAGACGUUCUAGAAGCCGGAGUUAUGAAAGAAGAAGAUCAAGAAGCCGGUCCCUUGAUUACAACUAUAGAAGAUCUUAUAGUCCUAGAAACAGUAGACCGGCUGGAAGACCACGGCGUAGCAGAAGCCAUUCCGACAAUGAUAGACCAAACUGCAGCUGGAAUACCCAGUACAGGUCUGCUUACUACACUUCAAGAAAGAUCUGAGAAAGCGGAAAAAGAACCAAAGAAGGGCAGUUCAAGCGACCAAAGGGUGGGUGGAAGGUGCUGCAGUAUGAAUACUGUACGAAUAUUUUGACUCUGGUCUGAAAAGAUAAAAGAAUGUUAUCGAAACUACAUGGAAUACUUGAAGUCCCUUCAAGUUUGAAAUCACCCUGCUUGUGACGAUGUGGGAUGGUAACAUGCCUUCGUGAUAAGAUGCAGUGAGGUGAAUGAUGUAGGCACUGUGAUACAGUGUGCGCU